GUCAAGUUGUUGAAAUUUUUCAAUUGGACAAAAGUUGGAACCAUUUAUCAAAAUUUGCCUCGUUAUAGUCUGCCGCACAGUAAAUUAUUAACAGAUUUAGAUAAUGCUGAAAUUGAAAUUGUUGCAUCACAAAGUAUUGCUGAUGAAUUGAAACCUGAAAUGUAUCUACAGGAUCUUAAAGCCAAAGAUGUACGAAUUAUUGUGGGUAAUUUUGGUGAAGAAUAUGGACGAAAAAUAUUCUGUCAAGCAUAUAAAGAAGGAAUUUAUGGCCGUAGAUAUCAAUGGAUAAUUACCGGUAUUUAUGAAGAAAAUUGGUGGGAAUUAAAUGAUGAUGAAUCGGAAUUAUUGGGCUGUAAUGAACAACAAUUAUUGGAAGCGAUUAAUGGCUAUAUUUCGACCGAUGUAUUACCAUUGAGUAAAAAUACUCAAACAUAUUAUGGUUUUGAAACUUCAUUAUAUAAAAGUGAAUAUGAUCGUCUACGUUUACGUGAAUAUAGCCGUUUUCAUGGCUAUGCAUAUGAUGGUAUUUGGACAAUUGCAUUAGCCAUACAGGCUGUUGAAAAAAAAUUACGACAAAUAAAUUCACCAUUAACUUUUGAAGAUUUUCAUUAUCGUGAUCCAUUUUGGGCACAAUUAUUUCGUGAAGCAUUGAAUGAAACUGAUUUUAUUGGUGUUACGGACCAUGUUAGUUUUGAUAAAAAUGAACGUCGUGGAAUCGUUUUGCUUCAACAGUUUCAAUCUAAAAAACUAACGAUGACCGAUAUAGCACAAUAUUAUACAUAUAAUGAUGAGCUAAUAUUUGAAGAUUCGAAUCAAAUUGAUUGGCGUGGUGGUAAUGGUCCACCAGUCGAUCGUAAUACGGUCGUUAUAAAGCCUUCAAGAAUUUCAAUGACAUUAUUUAUUGUGAUCUCUGUGUUCGCCAUUAUUGGCAUCAUUAUUGCCUUUGUCUUCCUUGCUAUGAAUAUCAAAUAUCGUAAUCAAAGAUACAUUAAAAUGUCUAGUCCUUAUCUAAACAAUUUAAUCAUAAUCGGUUGUAUAUUAACUUAUACCAGUGUGAUUCUACUUGGUCUAAAUAGUGGCCUAACAAGUGAAAAUAAUUUUCCAUAUAUUUGUGCGAGCCGAGCUUGGGUAUUGAUGACCGGUUUCACAUUAGCCUUUGGAAGUAUGUUCAGUAAAACAUGGCGUGUACAUGCCAUUUUCACCGAUAUAAAGCUCAAUAAAAAGUUAAUCAAAGAUUAUAAAUUGUUUAUGGUUGUUGGUGUAUUGGUAUUUAUCGAUGUAGCUACAUUGACAACAUGGCAAAUUGUCGAUCCAUUUUAUCGUGUUACUAGCCAAGGAAAACCAGAGCCAUCGCCACAAAAUGAAGAUAUUUUGGUCAUACCAGAAAUGGAAUAUUGUCAAAGUAAAAGAAUGACUAUAUUUUUAGGAUCAAUCUAUGUUUACAAAGGAUUAUUGAUGGCAUUUGGAAUAUUUUUAGCAUGGGAAACACGUCAUGUAUCGAUACCGGCAUUAAAUGAUUCAAAAUAUAUUGGAAUGUCCGUCUAUAAUGUUGUCAUUAUGUGUGUAAUUGGUGCUGGUGUUUCAUUUGUAUUACGUGAUCAACAAGAUGCUGCAUUUGUCAUUAUUUCAGCAUUCAUUAUAUUCUGUUCAACGGCUACAUUAUGUUUAGUAUUUGUACCAAAGCUCAUUGAAUUGAAAAGAAAUCCAAAUGCCGGUGAUCGCCGUGUACGAGCUACAUUGAAACCGUUUAAAAAAUCACAUCAUGAUUCUGAAGAAAUUGAAAUACAUACAAAAAUCAAAUUGGCAAAUGAAGAAAAUUUUCGCCUUAGGCAACGUUUAAAAGAGAAAUCAUAUGAGCUUGAAGCAUUAACAUUUCGUUUGAGAGCAUUAGAAGAAUCAAUGGAAAAAGAAUUUAUGAAUAUAACGACAACAUCAUCAUCAUCAGGUGCCAUAUUACCAUCACAACUACCACCACUUCCACAAUCAUCAUCAUCAUUAUCACCAACAACAACCACUGGUACAUCAGCUACAUCUAUGAUUUUAGCUACUAAUUUUACGAAUAAUAAUAAUAUUGUACGAUCAUCAUCUACAUAUGCAAAUAAUAUAAUUACUGCUGCUGCCAACGAAAUCAUUGUCGAAGAAAAUGAUCUCAAACAAAUCGAUAACUGUGAUCAAAGGAAACUUUCGGUUGCCAGCCUGAAAGUUUUAUCAUCAUCAUCAUCAACGGCAGCAAAGCGGCGAAAACCAAAUAUAAUCAAAACACCGUUAGGACAUUUUGAAAUACAAGAGGAAACAACAUCAACAUCGGCAACGGAAGUGAUUGUCAAUAGUACCAGUAUUUUAUCAUUAAGCUCUGAAGCUGCUCAAUUAACUGUGAAAAAUAGUAAACAAUCAAUGACAAAUGAGCCAACAAUGUCCGAUGUCAUUACUAGUGCUUGUGAUGUGGAUGUUAUGCCCGAUGGCAUUGAUCAAAUUAGUGAUCAAAGUGCUACCGGUAGUACGAAAUCAUCGGAUGAAAUGAGUUUUACCUUUCCAACACAUCAUCAUCAUUCUAAACGAGUAACUGGAAAUGGCAUUGGUGAUGAUUCGAAUUUAUUUAGUCCUAAUGGUUCACUAAAUAAUGAACAAUGUUCAUCAAAUGGAUCCGAUGAAACAUCGGAUGAUACAUCAUAUGCAAAAGCAAUCAAACAGACAAUGGAAUCACAAGUACAACAAGCGAUUAUGGCAUCACAUACAAAUGUGAUUAGUGGUGGCGUAGGUAGUAAUGCCAUAAAUGCUACCGGAACUGAUCAUCAUUAUCAUAAUCAUCAUCAAUGUGCAGCUGCACCAAGAAUGACAGCCGGUCUUUUAACAUCAACAGCAACCACUAUAAUCGGUGAUGGUACAAUUGGUGGUGGUUGUGGUGGUAUUUCUGGUAUUGGUGUUGGUGUUGGUACCACUGUCCAUUUACAACAUUGUUGCCAUCAUCAUCAUCCACAACAACAUCAUCAUCAUCAUCAUCAUGUACCGGUUACUGUACAUCAUCAUUUUCAUCAUCCACCACAUCAUCAUCAUCAUCCACCUAUUUCGGCUAUAUCAACACAAUCAUCAUCAUCGAUGCCAACAUCUGUUUCCGAUUAUUAUUGUCAACAACAACAACAACAACAACAGCAGCAACAACAUCUAAUAUUACAACAAUCACAGCCAUUGACACCGAUCAAUAAUGGUGAUGACGAAGAGGAUGUUGGUGAUGAUGAAGAUGAUAACCGUAAAGAGCUAAUGUUCAAGAAAAUGGAAGCAGCCGCCGAAACGGAAAUACCAACUAUAAAUAAUAAUAAUGAUGAUAAUGGUGAUAAUAAUAAACCUCAAGUGAUUAAAAAUAUCAAUCCACAGCAGCACUGCCAUAACAAUAAUAACGAUUUGGGCAAUAAUAAUAAUAAUAAUCAUAAUCAUAAUAAUGGUACGAAAACAUUUCAUCAACGACGAACACAAAGUUUUGGUGGAUUUCUUCCAACUACAAUGACGACGAGGACAACGACCGAUACAACCAUUAUCAAUACACAUGAGGAUUAUCAUGAAUCAUUAUCGACGAUUGUGACAAUAACAUCAUCGAUGGUAGCCUAUGGCACACGACAAACAUCUAAUAAAUCACCGGUUCGAGAAUAUUCCAGCGUUGAUAAUACAUUGAACAUUAUUGAUUCGAUACGAAUGCCGUUAACGUCAUCGUCGAUCUUAUCUUAUAAUCAACAACAGCAACCAUUAUUUCUAUCAUCAUCAACGACAUCAUUAUCAACUUCGUCGUCGUUACGCCUUUAUCCUUAUCUUACACAUCCGAUUGUAUCUACAACAUCCUCAACAACAACAACAACAGCAGCAGCAACAACAACACAUCCAUGAUACAGACAUCUAAUCAUCAUUUUUAUACACAACAAACAGAGCAACCACCAUUACAUUAUCGUUCAAUGUUGUUCAAUGAUUUU